AUGGUUUUGUGUUUAUUUGUGGAUUGCCACGCAAGAAGUGGUCGAGACAAAGAUGUUUCCUUCUUCAAAGUGCCGGUUAUUGAUAGAAAGAAUGGUGAAGAAGCUGAAGAGCUUUCAACAGAGCAUCGAACGAAGUUGAUCACAGCUAUAAGCAGAGAUGACUUGACUGAACAAAUCUUAAAAAACGACCGUGUUUGUUGUCGCCAUUUUGUCUCCAGUCAUCCAGCAAAACCCUGGGAUAAAUACAACGUUGACUGGGUGCCAACACUUAACCUUAGACACACAAAAAGGAAGGCAGAAGACAUGGGGAAAGCAGUACAGGAACGAGCAGAGAGAGCUAAAGUUAGGAGGAAGAAGAAGCUUAACGAAGCAAAAACGAUGAUCAAAGAGAAUAGACUUCGGUUGAAUGACGAAGGAACCCAAGUCUCUAAUAUCUUGUUUACAUCUACGAGCGACGAUUUAGAUACAACAACAGAAGAA